CGGGGCGGCUGCUCCUCUUUCUUCCUUGGGUCCGGCCGGCGCUCGGCGGAGCUGCGGGAGCCCCAUGGGCGCAGCCUGCAGGUCUUCCAGAGCGGGGCGCCUUCUCCUCCCUGCCCCGCCCCUCUCGGCCCCGCCAAAGGCUGUGGGUGUCACUCGGGGGGGGGGGUUAAACAUGGCCAGCAAGGAGCGCCCUACAACCGCCCUCCCCCAAAGCACCUCCAAGGGUCUGCUAGUGGAAGUGCGAGGCCCGGACCCUGCAGAGAGGGCGGCGGUGGAGGGCACCUAAUGCAACGCUCCAGACCUCCCUCCCGUGCACACCUGCGGGGAGCGUUUAGGGCGCAGCCCUCGGUGCAGCAGGAGCCUGUCUGCGUCCCUUAACCUAUAUGAAUUGCGCAGCACCUGCUGUUUUACGUAGAGGGCGAUGAGCUUCAUCGGAAGGGAAGCCGCCGCGGGACGCGGCUCCUUUCUCCAGUCCACGUGCACGUGGGGAAAAGCAAGUACAGUAACACGUAGUCAUGCCGCUGGAGGAUCUAGGCCAGUGUCGCCCACCCCGGCCGGCUUGCAGCAGUGCUGCGGACUUUCAGGCAAGAGGCUUGCCCAGCCCUGACUCGAGAGGCCAGGAACUGAAGCGUUCAAGGCACUGUGCUUCUGUUUCUGAGCUGUGGCUCCUUUCUGAAGUGGAAGGCUGCAGUUCGCAGAGUUGUGCUCUCCGCACCUCUUAAAUAUGCAGGAGAUUCCCCCCCCCCCAAUUAAGAGUUUGGCAAUUAUGGUGUUCUGAAACAAGGCAGCACACGGUUUUUGAGGCUUGCAGAUUAUGCAGCCAGGUGGCUGGUGUGGACAUGAGCAGGUAUUCCUUGGGAAUUGGUGUCUUGUUUAGUUGUGUCCGACUCUUUGUGACCCCAUGGACCAGAGCACACCAGCCACUCCUGUCUUCCACUGCCUCCCACAGUUUGGUCAGACUCAUGUUGGUGUCUAGUAAUGUAAUAUAUUACUGACUUAUGCAGCUUUUUCCUUUGCUGAUAUGUCUUGACAUAUCUUCUACAAUCUCUUCCAAAUUUAUACAAAAUGUCACAGACGUGGACCACUAAUUUGUUCAGAAUGUAGCAGCAGUAUUUGUUUGGUUUUCCAAGUAGCAGUGAACAGAAGUUAAAAUGUUAGAAUUCUCUUGACAAUCAUUUCUUCCUUCCCUAUAGGUAUAUUUUGAACAUAUGUUAAAAAUAUGGCUGUCUCUCUUAUUAUAAAAUGGGGUGGGCAGGAAUUUUUGAUAACCACCUUGUCAGAAGAAGACACAGUGCUGGAUCUCAAGCAGUCUCUCAAAGGACUUACUGGAGUGCUCCCAGAGCGUCAAAAGCUUCUUGGACUUAAAGUAAAAGGCAAGCCAGCAGACAAUGAUGUUAAGCUUGGAUCACUAAAGUUGAAACCAAAUACUAAAAUCAUGAUGAUGGGGACUCGUGAGGAAAGCUUGGAAGAUGUCCUUGGGCCACCGCCUGAUAAUGAAGAUGUAGUCAAUGAUUUUGACAUUGAAGAGGAAGUGGUUGAAGUCGAGAAUAGGGAAGAGAAUCUGCUGAAAAUCUCCCGCAGAGUUAAGGAGUAUAAAGUGGAAAUAUUGAACCCUCCACGAGAAGGGAAGAAAUUGUUGGUCCUGGAUGUUGAUUAUACCCUGUUUGACCAUAGAUCAUGUGCAGAGACCGGGCUUGAGCUGAUGAGGCCAUAUCUGCAUGAAUUCCUGACAUCUGCAUAUGAAGACUAUGAUAUUGUAAUUUGGUCUGCUACCAAUAUGAAGUGGAUUGAAGCUAAAAUGAAGGAGCUGGGAGUGAGCACCAAUGCAAACUACAAGAUAACCUUCAUGCUGGACAGUGCGGCCAUGAUAACUGUGCACACACCAAGACGAGGAUUAAUUGAUGUGAAACCCUUGGGUGUCAUAUGGGGCAAAUUUUCCGAGUUUUACAGCAAGAAAAAUACUAUUAUGUUUGAUGACAUUGGGCGAAAUUUUCUUAUGAACCCACAAAACGGACUAAAGAUAAAACCCUUCAUGAAAGCACAUUUAAACAGAGAUAAGGAUAAAGAGCUUCUAAAACUUACUCAGUAUCUCAAGGAAAUAGCAAAAUUAGACGACUUUUUGGAGUUGAACCACAAACACUGGGAAAGGUACCUUUCAAAGAAACAAGGACAGUAGCUUUAUUUUGUGACAUUGAAACCAGGCGGAACAUAGAGACCCUUUGACCUUUUCUCUUGUGUAAGCUAGAAUAAAGUAGUGCUGGACACUGACUUAACCACCCGAACAAAAGCUUAUACCUGGUCUUCCCGUUGGUUUGCUCUAGGUCUCUCUGUCUCUCUUCUGAAGAUCGCCACUAACAACUGAAAGGGAAAAUCAUUUGCUUACCCCUCCCUCCCUUGCAUUUAUCUCUGGGGUUACUAUUUAAAAAGCAAUGUCAUUUGUACUGCUACUGUAGUAUCCCCAAAACGUUAAAGACCACAUUGUUUGG